AUGGAUUUGUUUCCCUUUUCUCCGUCUCAGUUAGUCACGGAGAUGACCGGCUCAAGUCACCCCUGGUUCCGCCUCCUGAUUGGCUGGUGCUGCCUGUUGAGUUCAGCUCUUUUGAUAGUGACAGUAUAUCUUGCAAAUCUGCACAAAAAGUCAGACGUGACUGGAAACAAAGAGUCAAAUACAACAGAAAACAAUGGCAAAACUGAACAACGAAUAGAUUUCGUGCAUGGUCCAUCCGUCAUUGACUAUAUCCGUCUGAUUAGAGACAAAGAAAAGCCCUGGCUAUGCCCUAAACCGUGUGAGAGCAACUUCGUCUCGCUGGAGAGCAGCACUGUCAUAGUUAGAGUCAGCGGGCUGUACUAUUUCCACGCCCAGGUCUACUUCAAACAGAUUCCUCAAACAAAUGAAGUGCCGACUGUUACUUUGAUCAAAAACAAAGGCAAUGGGACAGAAUUUAGAAAAUUAAGUGAGGUCAAGGGCAAUGGACCAGGAUCGUUGACAAUGAUCCGUCUGGUCAAGCUGUACGAGGGAGAAAGCAUCAGCCUGAAUAUAAAUCAUAUCAACGGCCUAUCAGGAGAUGAUUAUGAUACUUACUGGGAAAUUAUCUUGUUUAAUAACAAAUAAUGAGUCUGAAUUUUGUGCAAAGUGCAAUUAGGGUUUAAAUGACGGAUUGUUUCUCCUUAAAGAAUUACAAGACUCACAUUUCAAUUUCUGAGUGUCUGUCACCUCAUUUUAUGUCAAGUGAUUCUCCCAAAGGAUUAAAACUGUCUGUAUUUAUAUUUACCAAAGUAACUGGUAAAAGAUGU